AUGGCCUUGGAGUGGGUAGUUCUAGGCUACGCCGCCGGCGCCGAAGCCAUCAUGCUCCUCUUCCUGACACUGCCGGGCCUCGACCCGAUCCGGAAGGGUCUCAUCACCGUGACCCGGAGCCUCCUCAAACCCUUCCUCUCCGUGGUCCCCUUCUGCCUCUUCCUGCUCAUGGAUAUCUACUGGAAGUACGAGACCCGACCCAGCUGCGACUCCGACUCCUGCUCCCCCUCCGAGCACCUCCGCCACCAGAAGUCCAUCAUGAAGUCGCAGCGCAACGCGCUCCUCAUCGCCUCCGCCCUCAUCUUCUACUGGCUCCUCUACUCCGUCACUGGCCUCGUCGUCAAGAUCGAUCAGCUCAACAAGCGGAUCGAGAAGCUCAAGGAACAGUGA